AGUCGGGCUGGGGCGGUGGGACCAGGUCACGUGGCGGGGGCGGGGCAGCUGCUUCCGGGGCGGAUCCGGUACCGGCGGGGCGGAUCCGGUACCGGCGGCACGGCGUGGCGUGGCGCGGAGGGAAUGACACGCUGCUGAGGGAGCCUUUGAAAGCAAGGACUAAACCUGACAGUGAGGAAGCUCCUUCCGUUUUCCCUUUUUUUCUUUUUUUUGCAGCAGGAAGCUGGUACAGAGUUUGCACUUACUAAAAGGGCCCCUGUAAAUUCAAGGUAUACGUGCGGAGCUGAACUGUUAGGGCUUCCGCAUCGGGAAGACGGAGGGAAUUUAGCUCGUGCACGUGUGACGCACGUGGUGUUUUUCCCUGCCUGUGUCCUGCAACGAAACUCUCCAAGCCAGCUCUGGACUCUGCUGUUUUCUGGUAGCUACUUCAUACGUUCUCCGUGUUGAAGGCUUUUUCUUGUAAGAACUGUGCAUGUUUCACUUUUUGUUCUCCAUCUGUCCCAAGGGCUGGAUGAAAAGGGUUAUUUUAACUUCAUCCAGGACUUCAGUUUUAAAACAAGAUCCCAAGGAGCUCCCAGUAGCUAGUAAGACUACGAGGAAUCCACUUGCUAUGGCAGAUGAGAGUGUGGUUGCUGACCAAGCAAGACUCUUGAAGAGGGUGCAGGAUCUGGAAGAGGAGGUGAAGAGGCUGCAGGAGAAACUCUUAGAGGGCAAGGAAGGUCCUAGCAUAAGAGAUGCUCCCUCGGCAGCUGGGAAAGCCAGGAAACGCCAGCAACGGCCGUUUGAUUUUAGUGCCUACGGCUGCAGGCACGUGGCACUGAAGAUCGCCUACCUGGGCUGGGGAUACCAAGGUUUUGCCAGCCAGGAGAACACCAGCAACACUAUUGAAGAGAAAAUGUUUGAAGCAUUAAAGAAGACGCGGCUGGUAUAUGACAGACAGACCUCCAAUUAUCACCGCUGUGGGCGGACGGACAAAGGAGUCAGUGCCUUUGGACAGGUGAUUUCCCUAGAUCUCCGCUCAAACCUGUCAGAGGGGAAGAAACUAAAUGGUCACCAGGGUGACUCGGAAGGCAAAGGCAGUAAUUCUGAGGAUGAGCUCCGCUACACCCAUAUUCUGAACAGGGUGCUCCCACCUGACAUACGUGUGUUAGCCUGGGCCCCUGUAGAGCCUGACUUCAGCGCUAGAUUCAGCUGUCUCAAGAGGACCUAUCGCUACUUCUUCCCUUGUGCAGAUCUGGAUGUGGCCCUCAUGCAUGCCGCCGCCCAGAGAUAUGUGGGGACCCACGAUUUCCGUAACUUGUGCAAAAUGGACGUAGCCAAUGGCGUAAUCAACUUCCAAAGAACUAUUCUUAGUGCACAAGUGACAUGGGCGGAUGGAGGAGCAGAAACUGGGCAGUGGGACCCUUUCCGACUGUGCCAGUUUGAAGUGACAGGACUGGCGUUCCUGUAUCACCAAGUCCGCUGUAUGAUGGCAAUCCUCUUCCUAAUUGGACAGAGGAUGGAGAAUCCAGAGAUUAUUGAUGAGCUUCUGGAUGUAGAGAAGAACCCCCGAAAACCACAGUACAGCAUGGCAGUGGAGUUUCCCCUGGUUCUGUACAACUGCGAGUUUGAAAACGUUCAGUGGCUUUAUGACAGAGAAGUGCAGGAGUUCAACGUUACGCACCUACAGCAGCUCUGGGCCAACCACGCGGUCAAAACUCAAGUAUUACACAACAUGUUACAAGGCCUAGAUGCUGCUCCUGUGCCUACUGAAAAAGGUCCAGGAAACCCCAGUACUGUCCCUUGGGGAGAGAUGAAACCUCCAGUCCAUAAUCAGGUCAGCAGCUUUGUAGAAGGGGUCAAAGCUCGCACUUACAAACCUUUACUAGACCGCCCCAAGUGUGAGGGCUUGGAGUCCCGCAUCCAUCACUUUGUGCAGCGGGGCCGUAUUGAAAUGCCGCAGGGCAGGGAAAGAGAGACCGCAGCGGGCCCAGAGCCUAAGAGAAGCCACGGCGAUGCCGCGGAGAACGGCGAUGCUGCAGAGCAAGCUCCCAAGCGGGUCUGCAUAGACACUGAGUGACGACGCAGGUGAUAAGUGUGGGGCCAGAAACAAGCUUGCCUCACCAAGAAGUAGCUUUUGUAGCUUUUUUUUUUCCUUCUUUUAAACGCAGUUUUGCAUCGAGGGUUUUUAUAAAUUUCAGUAAAUCCUAUGAAUGCUCUCA